UUUUGUUGGUAAGCAAAAGCUAUAUUAGAUUUAACGAGCCAUUUUGCAUUAUCAUAACAAAGUUAAUCACAUGUUAGCUUAAACACUUGUAAUUAUCUACACAGAUACCAGCUUUUAUUACCAGCAAAAACACGGCAGAAGAUACUCUUGUUUUCGUAAUAAGUUCGUUAAUUGCAUGUUUUGCAGUGCUUUUGACUUGUCAAAUGUUCUAUCUUGUCUGAAGCCGCAGAAAGAAUUCUUGAUUUUUGAACACGCACAGCGUUUCGAUAGUUUUGAUCUGGGAGCUUGGUGGUUUCGAGAAUUCAAAAUUAAGAGGCCCCAAAACUAAAGAUUAACUCUAAUAUUUUUAUCAGAAAUCGGAGACUGAUAAGUUAAAUGAAGUUAAGCACCCAAAAAGGAAUUUUAUUCAUUAUACGAGACCCAGUUAUAGAUUUUAUGUGCCAGUCUUCCUUCGCAAAAUUUCAUAAAAAUCUUUCUCAUAAGUAACUUAUAAUUACAUUUUACCUACCCCAUUCUUGAUUUAGUUUGAAUUUUGUUUUCAUUCAUUUAAAGUUUUUCAUAAAAUUUAUUCUCUUUAAAAUGCUUACUAAACUGCUUGUUAUUUUAACUCUCGGAAUUUAUUUGAUUAUUACAGAUGAUUUUUCAAUCGAGGAAGGAAAUGCUUUCACAAAAAUCUCGAAACAUAGCCCUGAAAUCACCAUAAUAGAGCAAGAGUUUUUAAGCUUGCUUGGGUUGCAAAAUCGACCCAAGCUUGACCUUGAAAAAUAUCGUCACAACUCCGCUCCCCACUUUUUGCGACAGAUUUACAACUGGCUCGACAAAAUUACCCUGGAAAACGCAAAAGAGCUUCUACAAGGAGAAGUUGAUUCGGAGAAAAUGCUGGAAGCAAUUUCAAAAGCCGACUUUAUAAUUUCGUUUAUAAACCAAGGAAUCCAUAUGGAAAAAGGUUACAAAAGUUUAACAGAUCCGUCUAUGAAAUCGCAUUUCUCUCAUGAGUAUCUGUACUUCGACGUUUCUGACAUUGCAAGUCAAGUGGACGUUAAGCAGAAGCCGAUCUUGGCCGAACUUCGGAUCUACAAGGAGCUUUCGCCUAUCUUCCCUAAAACAGGUGAUCAUUUCACAGUGACACUUUACAAAGUUGUCCCAGUAGGAGACGAUCGACUUGGCUUGGAAGUUGUCGCCAAAAAGGCGGUUCAUCCCUACUUCUUCGGCUGGACGGCCUUCGACUUGACUGAACUCCUGGCGGAAUGGCAGAAUAACCCUUUCGUCAACUUCGGUCUUCAAGUCGUCGUUCGGGAUUUCAACGAAACGGUUGAAUACUCGCUCACAGCUGUCGGGAUUUCCGGAAACCAUGCCGACGAUUUCAAACAACCAUUUCUGGCAGCGUUUUAUUCCUCGUUUGACGAGACUCGAAGCCGAAACCUGAUGUCCCGAAAGCGCCGUUCGGCCAACCCCUCGUAUCCGACAGUUAUGAUUAACAGUGACCCGUACCACAGAGCCAAAACCCGAUGCCAGAGAAAGACUCUCUUUGUGAGUUUCGCAGAUCUCGGCUGGGAUGACUGGAUUUUGGCACCUGAGAGCUAUCACGCCUAUCACUGCAGCGGAACUUGCCAGUUCCCCCUGGACUCGUCUCUGAACGCGACCAACCACGCCAUCCUGCAGACUCUUAUGCACGUAUUCGACCCAGAGGGGGUGGAGGCCGCCUGUUGUGCCCCUCGGAAACUGUCCCCCAUCUCUGUCCUCUACUUCGACGACGACUCCAAUGUCAUCCUCAAGCGAUACCGAGAGAUGGUAGUCGAGUACUGCGGAUGCCAGUGAACUGUGUGACUCAUGGGGGGUCUCUUCAGUCCUUCAGUCAUUAGGAACCCCAUCCACUAUGCCACCCAAACUAUCAGACGCGGACUUACUUAGUCUUUUCUGUAAUGACUACCCGGUUAAAUUGAACGUUGACUUACUUGCUGCUUAAAAUACGAAUGUGAUAUUAUCAGUUCGUAUGUAUUAUUUUAGAAGAUUAAUUUAGAAGCAGUAUCGUUUGACCGAAAAGAACAUAAAACACAUGAAUGAUGUCACAUUUGACUAUUUAUAUAAUGCUAAGUUGUUACCAAACUUUUGACUAUAUUGGUGAGCACGAGUGCCUUUUUUCCCAAAUUAUUUUUUUUUUUUGGAAAAUUAUUUUGCGUUAAAAUGGUUGCCGAUUUCUUAGAAUUUGCGUUAAAAUGUGUAAGAAAUGAAACCAAUUGCAGACUAAAUUGCACUUUUGGUAAGAAACAAUUCAAAGCUCUGCUGCAACUAAAAAAAUUUGAUUCGAGGCAAAAAAAAAGGAAAAACUGUUCUCAGAUAUUUUAUUGUAGAAGAUUUAGUGUUUUUUCUUUUUUAUAUUGGUGAUAUUGGUAAUUGGACGAAAUGAUUCUUCAGAUGUUUUGUAAUGGUUUUAUAAAAUAUCAUUUGUACAGUAGUAGCACUUAACCCGUUAAAUUACAUAAUUGAUGUUUUUAUAUA